CUCCAGGAAUGGGGCAUCCACAGUUUCCACGGGCAUUCUGUGCCAGGGCCUCACCACUCUCUGAUGACCAAGGUGGCUCAGGGGGUCCUCCCAUGGGUUCGCUCCUGGUUCAUCUUGUUUACAGGUGCUGUCAGAGGGCCUGUCUCAUGAUGAGCAACUCUACCCUCGGCAGGGGGGUUGAAACUGGAUGAGCUUUAAGGUCCCAUCCAACUAACCAUUUUGUGUCUCUAUGAUUUAGGGCAUUGAGAAGUGGCCUUCUUACCCGGAGGCACAUCUAUCAGAACACACAUGCGGAAUGUAUAUUUUUUUUGAUACAGGAAAACCUGCUCACAGAACUACUUUUCAUCUUUGAGCCCACUUAUUGCUGCUCUGGAGCUUUUCUUGCUAAAAUAGGUGACCAUGAAAGUGGCCAAGUAACAGAAUACCAUAGUUUCACAACACCAGUCCUGAUCACGAGUGUGAAAAAGCCUCAUUGGGCCAAAAUAUGAAAAUGGACUAUUUGCCCAAAACUUCUUUUCCCAGCAGGAAGGCUGCCAUAUGGGCAUGCUGUUGUCCCCUGCCUAGUGGACAUCGGGCAUUUCAGCCAUUCUGCCCUUAUCAUCACCUGCUAGACCUAGACCCUACUAGGCUGCUCUCCCUUCCUCUCCCUGGUGAAGUUAGCAUCCAUCUUCCCGUCUCUCCUUGCAAGAUGUGGGGCUGAGGCUGGUGCUCAGUGCUGCAGACUCUCUCUGUUUCCCUCCAGUGCUCUGUGCACAGGACAAGGUGACCGUGCUGGCUCAAGCGCAUGGCACCACAAUGCCCGAACUGGAGCUGAGCACCUCUGAUGCAACCAAAUGUGGGUGACCUUUGUGUUGUCCUGGCCAGCAGCAUCCCCAUUGGGUCCCACUUUCAUCCCCUAAUUGGUCCCAGUCUCAUCCUCCAUGUCCACAAUCAGACCAACAUCUACCAGGGCUUCCCCAUGGCACUGUAGGAUGCUGGGAUGUGUUUCUCCCAAAGCCUGAGCCUUCCCUAAGCAUCCCAUGCCCCAGUGGAGGAGAUGGCAAGCCAUCACCUUGACAUUCCCGUGGUGUCCUCUGCGGACAUUGCGAUAACUCCCACCUGGCCGUUUGCCUUUCUUAUCGGGGCUGCUGGCCAAACAACCAUGGGGCUGUAUAUAAGGAGCUCAACUGGGGCACUCAGCACAUUCGGCACUUCACUUGGUAUCGGCAACUUGCCACAAAGAACCACGAUGAAGCUGCUCCUGCUCCUCAGCUUGGUGGCCCUGGCCCAAUGCGGCAUCCACAGGAUCCCGCUGCAGAAGGGGAAGUCCCUGCGGAAGCAGCUGAAGGAGCAUGGCUUGCUGGAGGAUUUCCUGAAGAAGCAUCCCUACAACCCAGCCUCCAAAUACAACCCUGUCCUUACUGCCACUGAAUCCUAUGAGCCCAUGACGAACUACAUGGAUGCUUCGUACUAUGGCACCAUCUCCAUCGGCACCCCGCAGCAGGACUUCACUGUCAUCUUCGACACUGGCUCCUCCAACCUGUGGGUGCCCUCUGUGUAUUGCAAAAGCUUGGCCUGCAGCAACCACAAACUCUUCAACCCCUCCAAGUCCUCCACCUACGUGAGCACCAACGAAACCGUCUACAUCGCCUACGGCACCGGCAGCAUGAGUGGCAUCCUGGGCUAUGACACUGUGGCCGUCUCGAGCAUCGAUGUCAAAAAUCAGAUCUUUGGGCUGUCUGAGACUGAGCCUGGCUCGUUCUUCUACUACUGCAACUUCGAUGGCAUUCUGGGCCUGGCCUUCCCCAGCAUCUCCUCCUCUGGGGCCACCCCUGUCUUCGACAACAUGAUGAGCCAGCACCUGGUGGCCCAGGACCUCUUCUCUGUCUACCUGAGCAAGGAUGGGGAAUCAGGCAGCUUUGUCCUCUUUGGUGGCAUCGACCCAAAUUACACCACCAAAGGCAUCUACUGGGUCCCACUCUCUGCUGAAACCUACUGGCAGAUCACCAUGGACAGGGUCACCGUUGGUGACAAGUACGUCGCCUGCUUCUUCACCUGCCAGGCCAUCGUGGAUACUGGCACCUCACUGCUAGUCAUGCCCCAGGGUGCCUACAAUCGUGUCAUCCGUGACCUGGGUGUCAGCUCUGAUGGCGAGAUCAGCUGCGAUGACAUCAGCAAACUGCCUGAUAUCACCUUCCAUAUCAACGGCCAUGCCUUCACCCUGCCACCCAGCGCCUACGUGCUGAACGAGGACGGGUCCUGCAGCCUUGGCAUCGAAAACAUGGGCACCCCCACUGAGUUGGGUGAGCAAUGGAUCCUCGGUGAUGUCUUCAUCCGCGAGUACUAUGUGAUCUUCGACAGGGGCAACAACAAGGUGGGGCUCUCCCCCCUGUCCUGAGCCCCUUCAGCCCCUGCUGGGCCAGACCCCACUUUUUCUUUCAGUCCCCCACUGCUGCUGUCACUGAGCACAAUAAA